CAUCUCCUUUUUUAUGUUAUUAACUUAAAAGCAAAACAUAAAGGGGAAAUUAGAAUUUUGGGAACUCCCUCCUUCCCCUUAUAUCGGUGACGCAGUUGCAGAUACAGAUACGGGACGAUCCUCCAAGAGGGGCAAUAAGAAAAGAAAAUCAAGAACAGUUUUCUCAUCCACCACUCCGCAGUAUUUUAUUGUAUAGGAGAGCCCUUCUGCAGCUUCUGCUUCCUUUUUCUUUCUCACCAGUGGCCAUGGCUCCGCCUCACUACCUGCUCCGGCCGCACAAUCAACAGCAACCCAAUCCUUUCAGAAAUUUAUGCACAAUAGGCAGUCAGAUUUCGCCCCCUCUCGCGCAUUCCAGCCCUACCGACAACCUAGAUCAGUCUCAUCAUCCUCCAUUCAUUCCUCAUUUUCGCGGUGUCGGGCUCGCACCUGGUUCGAUUCCGGCGGUAGAUGUUGGCGACGGGAGCGGCGAUUGUCAAUUGAAUAGCUGCUAUUUGGAGCCGAAGAGGAGAAAGCUGGAGGAACGGGAGUUUUUGGAGAAUAAUUCCCAGAUAUCAUCCAUUGAUUUUCUGGGAGUGCAAGCAGUCUCAACUGGGUUGGGCCUUUCCCUAGACAAUAGCCUUCUGGCUUCAACCGGCGACUCGCCUGUCCUCGCACUUAUUGAUGACGACAUUGAUCGUGAGCUACAACGGCAGGACGCUGAGAUUGAUGCAUUUCUCAAACUUCAGAGUGAUCAAAUAAGGCUGGCUGUUUCAAAGAAGAUUCAGGCCAACCAAGUUCAAACUCUCACAUUCGUGGGGGAAAAAGUUGUUCAAAAACUCCGUGAGAAAGAAGCAGAGGCACUAAACAUGAACAAAAGGAAUUUAGAGCUUGAGGAGCGAAUAGAACAAUUGUUUGCAGAAGCAAGUGCUUGGCAACAACAGGCCAUAUACAACGAGAACGUGAUUUCUGGCAUUAAGUAUAAUCUUGAGCAAGUCUAUGCGCAGAGUAGAGAUAGUAAAGAAGGAUGUGGUGAGAGUGACGUAGAUGACACGGCUUCUUGCUUAGCUGGUCCUUCUGUGUACCUCCACCAGCUGCGCAAGGAAAACAAUGAUAUAAAAGAGUUGAUAACUUGUAAGCGCUGCAGGGCCCGUGAAGCAUGCAUGCUUUUGUUACCUUGCAAGCAUCUUUGCCUGUGUAAAGAUUGCGAAAGCAAGCUUCAUUCUUGCCCCCUUUGUCAGUCAAUUAAAUCCACCAGUGUGGAGGUCUAUAUGUGAAAGGAUUAUAUGGAAAGCUCCAAAUUUUCUGAAUUGUAUUUGUCAACGACAGUUUUGGAAUUGUGUUGCACAUUAGCGGUUCUACGCACCGCCCAAUGAAAAUUUAUCUCAUUAAAGGCA